AGACGUUCCCUAAGUUUAAUAAAAAUGGCCGCUUCCGGUGGAGAACAUUUGCGAAGUGGAAAGAUAAAUUUGGGUUCUCUACGUGAUUUUUAUCGCAGAGAGUUGUUAGAAAUCCUAGACAAAUGCAAUGGAACAAAAGCAUUAGUUUGGGAUGAGGCACUUACCAGACCUUUUGGCCUGAUUGUGGAAUAUUCACUUCUAAAGGAGCGAGAUGUUGAGAAGGUGAUGUCACUACCAAAAGAGAAUGAGAUUCUCAACCCAAGCUCAGUCCAGAACAUCAUCUACAUCACACGACCUAGACUGGAGCUCAUGGAUCUCAUAGCCAGCAGUCUCCUCAAGGAAGACCAGAGAGGUGGCUUCAGAAAGGAGUACCACAUUAUCUUUGUUCCCCGAAAGAGCUUGCUGUGUGAACGGCGGCUCAAGGAGGCAGGUGUGCAUGGCUCCCUGACCAACAUUGAGGAGUUCAGUCUCAACCUGAUACCGUUUGACAAUGACCUGCUCUCCAUGGAGAUGGAGGACUCAUUCAAAGAGUGUUACCUGGAGAAUGACAUGACGUCCAUGUUCCAUGCGGCCCAGUCUCUGGUAACCCUGCAGACCCUGUAUGGCAUCAUACCUAACAUCUAUGGCAAGGGGGAGUGUGCUAAGCAUGUGAAGGAGAUGAUGUUGCGUAUACGUCGAGAGCUGGAUGGUCUUGAGCCUCAGAUCACCCCACAGAUAGACAACCUGUUCAUCAUUGACCGCACCGUCGACCUUCUCACCCCCCUCCUCACCCAGCUUACAUACGAGGGACUCAUUGAUGAGAUAUAUGGCAUCAGCAACACAUCAGUGCGUCUGCCCCCAGAGAAGUUUAUCAACAAGAACGACCCGAGCACGUCUGACAUGGAGUUCAAGAACGUGGUGCUUAACUCUGGAGACGAGCUGUUUGCAGAAUUGCGGGACCGAAACUUUAGUGCCGUCCCAUCAGUGGUCAGCAAGAAGGCAAAACUGAUCACAUCACAGUUUGAUGAGAGACAUGCAGCUAAAACUGUUGGUGAGAUGAAGAACUUUGUAUCAAAACUUCCCCACUUACAGAAGGCAAGGACAGAACUGGCACAGCACACAUCUAUUGCUGAGCUGGUGAAGGAGGCCACUGACUCUGAGGAGUUCAUGGAGAGCCUUCACUGUCAGCAGGACUUGUACAAGGGAGAGGACACGGACAGUGUGAACCCUUACAUAGAGGACUGCAUAGGGCGCAAGGAACCACUCGUCAAGAUUCUUCGACUGCUGUGUAUUCAAUCUUUCUGUAACAACGGCCUGAAACCCAAAGUUCUUGAGUUCUACAAGAGGGAGAUAGUACAGACGUAUGGGUUCAAGCACCUGGUGACUCUUGGCAACCUGGAGAAGGUGGGAAUGUUGAGGGCUCAUACAACACGCAACUACCAGGUGGUCAGGAAGUCUCUCAAACUCACCGUAGAUACCGUCAAUGAAAUGAGUCCCAACGACAUUUCAUACGUGUACAGCGGCUACGCACCACUAAGUGUUCGCCUGAUCCAGUACCUGGCGCGGCCCGGCUGGCGAAGCAUCACAGAGGUCCUCAACAUCCUGCCUGGACCCAACUUUGAUGAAGUGCAGCAGAUACCAGUUGCUCUGAGGAAACGACGCACCUCCAUUACCUCCUCCCAGUCAAGUAUGGCGGACCAGAAAGUGACGCUAGUGUUCUUCCUUGGCGGAGUCACAUAUGCGGAGAUUGCUGCACUUCGAUUCCUGGCCCAGCAAGACGAUGGGAGUACUGAAUAUAUCGUGGUGGCCACGAAGAUAAUAACCGGAAGUGGUCUGAUCCACGACUUGUUUGCUGAUUGUAAGACGGGAAAGUUAAGCGAUGGCCCGGUCAUUGCUCAGUUGACCAGCCUUCAGUGGUACAGACUAUGUGAUUGCCACCACAAAGAUCAUCAAUGGCGGCUCCCUGCUCCACAAACUCACCUGCACACAGGAGCCAACCACACUCAACCCAUUCUUGUAACCUGGCCAGUACUGGAUCAACUAAAAUACAUUCCUUCUAGGCACGAGUUCAUGCUGUGGCUAUAGCUUUGACACAUUAAUUGGACAUGUGAUAUGUAUGAAUAAGUUAAAAUCCAAAGGCAAACCGUAAAAUAUCUGCGGUUGAAAUCCUGGUCAAGUGAUGAGCAUUCUUACAUGUGAUAGUGUUUAGCUUACACUGAUAGUGUUUAGCUUACACGAGUAUAAAGUAAUCAUGGCAAGAUAUUGUUAAAUUCUAUGUUCCUGUUUGUCUUGUGCCUCGUGUGAGGUCAACUUGUAGCUCAUUACUUUGGGCCACAUUUUUAAUUCAAACUUGUUGAAACUUGCUCCUACUGUUAAUCUUAAAAAUAUCUAGGCCAUGUUCUAAUCUGGGCCAUGUGCGCACUAACACUAGAUUACCAGGUUUAGUCAAGAAAAACCUUGUAAUCACUGCCACCUUUAUGAUCCGGUCUAGAUCAAGCAUAACUUCUUCUAAAUGUUUAUUUUGGUCAUAAUGAUCAUUUCCACAAAACCUAGGCCAAAUUUUAAUCUUGUCAGUGUGUCCACAAGCUAAGCCACCUGGUUACGUUUCAACAGUGGGUUAUCACAGGCAGUUGAGCGAUCAUGAGCCAUCAUGACCCUCUUGAAUAUCAAACAUAUCCAGUUUUAAACAAAGUGCCACUUAAUUGCGGCUUAACUAUGCUAUCAAAUUUCUAUUAUAUGUUCAUAUUCACUGGAAACCCUUUUGUUGCAUUUGCGUACCAGUUUUAAUCAUAUUUUAAUGUUUAAGUCUGUGGGGACAUCUUUAGUCGUACACAUGAGUACCUAUAUGCAAUGUGGAUGCUUCAGUAUAAUUUCAUGAAUUUGUUCUAUUGUCCUGGACUAUUGAACACAAAAUAUCUUGUACAUGUCACUUUUUCUGAGUAUGUGCAAUAUUUUCUGCAAUGUUAUUGAUUUAUAAAUAUGUAUUAAACAUUAUUUUCCAUGAAUCAUUUGUUUCAUUUAUAGGCUUGGGAUUUUUGGUUUCUUUGUUGUAUAAAAACAAGCUGUUUAUGACAAUAUUCAGCCUUGAAACUCUAGGUGUUACCUUUACUUGAAAGGUAGAUGUUUUACAAGACAUGUUGACUUAAGAUUGUUUGCAUUUUUGCCAUGUUAUUAUAAAAUACAUCAAUCUAUAUAAGUUUUAGUUUAUACAGUAACAUUAAAGCGAUUUUAGGGUCAAAUUUGAGAUCUGACCUCUAAAAAUGACCUUGUCUGUUAAAGGUAGGGAAACAGUUGUUACAUGCAUUACAUAUUCGUACUAUGGUUUGCAUAUGUGCCCAGUUUUUAUGCCCCCAAAUCGAAUGAUCAGGGGCAGGGGUGGCGAAAUCUCAAAAAACUAUACUUCUCGACGGACAACCAUUUAGGAAAUUUAACUUGUCCGUUGCUGAACUACUCUUGUCCGUUAAUAUUUAUAUAAAUUAUAAACACAUUUAUUGAUUGAUGUAAAAUAAUGUGAAAUAAAUCAAUUUUAGUAUAA